UUGAAAUCUGGCAAUUUGCAAUCAUUGCAAUUAGUUUUUAUUUCUUGGCCGAGCCAAACGCCUCGCGAAUCGUCGCGGGUUAUUCGUACAAACUACUGCUGAGGAUUUCGAGUGCGACAAGUUUUCGCGGAAAUCAUCUGCGUGUUUAUAGCACUUUCGUGGAAGUAGGACUGGCACUGACGAUCGGGAAGAUUAUCACACGAGGGCGUCGAAAAUGUUUCGUAAUUUUGUGAAUUUUACAAACAAAUACAAAAUUAUCCGGGGCAUGAUAUCAUAUGGCACCCUCUGGCCCUGCGGAUCGCUUAUCGAGCAGACCAUGAUCGAGAAGAAGACAUUCCGAACGUACGACUGGACGAAGUGUCUCAGGUUCAGUUUAUUCGGCUUCUUUUUCAUGGGGCCGACCAUAUAUGUGUGGAUCAGACUGGCGGGCGUUAUGUGGCCCCGCACUGAUAUUAAGUCGUCGUUCUGCAAGGCGAUCACCGAGCAGACCGCCUACGAUCCGAUGGCCAUCAGCUCGUUCCUCUUCUUCAUGACCUUGAUGGAGGGCAACUCGUACGCGGAGGCCAGACGGGAGGUCAGCGAUAAAUUCCUGGACGCCUACAAGGUGGGCGUUAUUUAUUGGCCCUGCGUGCAGACGGUGAACUUCGCCUUCGUGCCGGCGCGGAACCAGGUCAUAUUCACCUCCUUCUUCAGCAUGUGUUGGACCACCUUUCUGGCCUACGUCAAGUUCCUGCAGCUACAUCCUCCCGUCGAUGUGGACCACCACGCCCUGGACAUCCACUUCCUGGAGAUGUGAGUUACCCAGUUACCCAAAAUGUGAUGGUACCACGCCAAAGGCACGCCUCUUGGAAUGAGUUAAUGACAUGUCAUCUCCCUUGUAUAUAUUUUUGUGGGCCGCUGGCAUUGUAUAAAUACAUUUGUGUGUAUGUACGCCCAUUUAUUCCUUCCUGAUAAAUAAGUUGUGAUAAGUU